GCAGACCUGGCACAUUUGGUUUGGACGACAUUUCACAUUUGGUCUACUCUACUACACUCUCUUGGGCCUUGGGAGUGACCAGUCUUCCCACUUCAGACCUAGCAUUCGAUCCUGGUUCGGCGGUGCUAGUGAAUCCUUCUCUAAGCUGGAAUUUGUCCCUCCGGAUUAGGGCAAAGGCAAGAUGGAGGCGUGCUCUGCUGUUCAGGCCUGCUCAGCCUCUCUGGCACCGUGGCGCGGACAGCAGGUGUCGUCUGCUUCUAAGAUCGAGCUCACGACCUCGUUCCUGUCUUCAUAUGCACCCUCCAGGAGCCAUGGUCACAUGGCCGCCAGAAAAGCGGCCAGCAAGGCCCGCCGUGUAGUGUCGCCAUGCGCCAAGGUCCGGGAGAUAUUCAUGCCGGCGCUGAGCUCGACCAUGACGGAGGGCAAGAUCGUCGCCUGGUCGAAGAGCGAAGGCGACCAGCUGUCGAAGGGCGAGAGCGUGGUGGUGGUGGAGUCGGACAAGGCGGACAUGGACGUCGAGACCUUCUACGACGGCAUCCUCGCUGUCAUCCUCGUCGACGAGGGUGAGGUGGCGGCUGUGGGCUCAGCCAUCGCGGUGCUCGCUGAAUCCGAGGACGAGCUCGACGCGGCCAAGGCUGCGGCGGCGAAGCUCAAGGGUUCCUCUGCCCCUGCCGCUGCCGCUCCUGCUGCCGCUGCUCCCGUCGAGGCAUCCGCUCCUCCCCCUCCCCCUCCCCCUCCUCCCGCGCCUGCGGCGCCUGCUCCGGCUGUGGCGGCUCCGGUAGUGUCGCAGCACCCUGCGGCUGAGGGCGGUCGCAUCGUGGCCACUCCCUACGCUAAGAAGCUGGCCAAGGAGCUUAAGGUGAACCUGGCGACGGUUCGCGGAUCAGGGCCGCUGGGUCGCAUUGUUGCUGCUGAUGUCGAAGCUGCUGCUGCCGCCCCCGCAGCAGUUGCUGCCGCCCCCGUUGCCGCCCCCGCUGCUGCUGCUGCUGCUCCGGCAGCUGCGGCUGCUGGGCCAGCGGUGGUGCCUGGGAGCACGGUGGCAUUCAGCGGCAUGCAGGCUGCUGUGGCUCGCAACAUGGAGGCGAGCCUGGCCGUGCCCACGUUCCGCGUGGGCUACACCAUCACCACUGACGCCCUCGACGCGCUCUACAAGCAGAUCAAGGGCAAGGGCGUGACGAUGACGGCGCUGCUGGCCAAGGCGGUGGCCAUGGCGCUGGCGCAGCACCCCACGGUGAACGCCAGCUGCCGCGACGGUGGCAGCUUCGUGUUCGCGCCCAGCAUUAACGUGUGCGUGGCCGUCGCCAUGGAUGGCGGACUCAUCACCCCCGUGCUGCAGGACACUGAUAAGAUGGACAUCUACACUCUGUCAAACAAGUGGCGUGAGCUGGUGCAGAAGGCCAGGGAAAAGAGACUGAGCCCAGCGGAGUACCAAACAGGCACCUUCACUCUCUCCAACCUUGGAAUGUACGGCGUGGAUCGCUUCGACGCCAUUCUGCCUCCUGGCCAGGGAGCUAUCAUGGCUGUUGGUGCAUCUCGCCCCAAGGUUGUUGCUCUGCCCAAUGGCAUGUUUGCUGUGCGGAGGCAGAUGCAGGUGAAUGUGACUGCUGAUCACCGGAUCAUUUAUGGAGCUGAUCUGGCUGCUUUCCUCCAAACGUUGGCCCAAAUUAUCGAGAACCCUAAGGAUCUCACCUUCUAGAGACCCUUCUAAGCACCAUGAACAACUGGUGUGACUAUUACGUACAUUAUUGAUAAGAGUUGAUAUCUCUGUGCUACCAAGCUUUACUAGGCAGCUGUUUGUGGGGAACAUUGCAAGCUAUAAAUUGGAUGUGUUUUGAAUCAUUAUAGAAGUUCUU